AUGUAAAUUUUUUCAGGUUAUUAUCAACGGGAUGAGGUAUGUCUAAAUAUAUAAUUAGAGACGACUAGAUCGGUGUUUAGAAUUUAUUUAAGAAAUAACUGAUAAUGAAUUCAUUCCUUCAUUUUUUUAAAAUUCUGUUUGUAGAAUUGAUUAAUUAUCUGAUUAUUUAUCCUCAUAUCAAAUUGAAACUUAAACCUACGAAUUAAAAGAUUUGAUUGGUCGAUUAGGUGGGUAUGAAGACAAAUUAAUGUUUUCAAAAUUUAAAGAAAGAUAUCUUGGAUAGCCAGGUAUGACACAAAAAAAAGAGGCAGAUAUUACUUUUUUAAGGUUAUUGUAUGAAGAAAUAAAAUUAGAAAGAUAAUUAGAUGAUUAAAGGUAUAAAGUUUUUAAGAGAUGGGAUUAUAAUUGUUAAGUGCUAUUUAAAAAGUUAUCAUUUGGAACAAAUUUAGUGGAUUCAACAAAACUGAAGAAAUUCUUUAUAAGAAUAAGGUAAACAGUGACAGAUGAUGAAAUUGAAUUACUAUUAAAAAGAAUAGGGAGAGGAGAUGGAAAUAUUAUGACAUAUGAAGAUUUUAGUUAAGCCAUAAAGACAUAAAGAUAGAGAUCAUCAGAUAAAAUAGAGAUUCCUUAAAUGAAAAUAAGUACUGUGAUAAGGAGAGAACCUUAAUAUUAGAGUUAUAUGGAGAAAUUGAGAAGAAGAUAUAAACCACUUCAAACAUAAUAAUCAGUUAUAAUUCAUAAGAUUGAUAAUAGAGGGUGUCACACACCUAGAGCUAAGACUCCAACAACAACAACUAGAACAACAGAAGCAAAAUAGGCUAGAACAAGAACUCCAAAUUAAAAUACAGAACCUAGAUCAUUUGUUAAUGAAUCAAAAGAAUUCAAUACUUUGAUAUCAGUCUAUUUAAAUUAAUAAAGGUGUUUGUAAAAUGUAAUGGCCUAAUUAGAAGAAGUAGUUGUGUUAAAAUCCCUUAAUUCAAAGGAUUGGCAUAAAGAAUGGUCUGAAUUGGAAGUUGAUUCUAGAAAUAUCUCUCAAGAAUAUUUUUAAAAUGUUCUAAAUUAUUAUGAUGAAAGGAAACCUUUGCAAUAAAAGAUCAAUAUACCAGACUUGUAGAGUUCAGUAUAAAUUGUAGCCAAAAACUUAUUUUCUUUAUUAAGAGAAUAAGAAUUACAAUUGUAAUAGGCUAGAUUGUAAUUUUUGAGGGAAGGAACCUUAACAUCUUUAGAUAGGUAUCUACAUAAAGGAUAUAUGGAUGUACUUGAUGUACUGUAGAUAUUAGAACAUUCAACCUCUAGAAGUGUAACUUUAUCUGAUGCAGAAUUGAUGAUUGCCAAAUUUAAUAAAUUUGAUGGCAAAAAAACUAUUACUAGAAAAGCUUUAUUAAAUGAAUUAACUUGA